UCAAAUAUAAUUCAACAGUACUUCUUGGCUUUAAUGAUGGUAAUGAAAUAAAUAAUAAGAUAGCAACUAAGAUAGCAAUAUAAAUCUAAUGAUGGUGUGCAACGCUAAUGAUAAUGUGAAUAGAAUAGAAAUUAGUGUUAUAAGUAAAAAAGCUAAUGCUGUUAAUCCUGAAGAAAAAAUAUAUGAAUACGACGAAGCCAUUGAUCUGACAGGCAAUGGCUGGUACAAUCGCGGUCUUCUCACUGCUCUCAGUAUUGGUUUGCUUGGGAUGGGUAUUGAUAUCUUCGGCUUCUCAGUCAUUGUCACUGGUUGCAGUUGUGACUUCAACCUUGAAUUAUGGCAGAAGAGCACUAUGUUGUCUAUGCCUUUUGUUGGACCAAUAGUAAUGUCAAUACCUUGGGGCUACAUAUCAGACACCAAAGGUAGAAGGAAAUGUUUGCUGAUAGCGUUGUGGGGAAGUUUUCUAUCGUCAUUUAUUGGAGCCUUUUCUUGCAACUGGAUUAUGUUGGCUGUUAUGAAAGUUUUUAGUUCAUGUUUUUGCAGUGCAGUCCAAUCAGGCGCCUAUGCGCUUCUAGGUGAAUCUUGCUCGACAAAAGUCAGGGGAUUUUAUAUGCUGAUAAUGACCAGUGUUCUUAUGUUGUUUUUGUUAUGCUAUGUUGUCCCUGGCUUCUUCAUACUCCAAUUGACCUUCGCAACAGACCUGGUCUUCGUUGAGUUUACACCUUGGCGGCUCCUUACCAUUGUGAUGGCAGCUCCAUUAGGAAUCAGUGCAUUACUUCUUCAUCUCUUCUACGAGAGUCCAAAGUUCCUUGUCAAUGCUGGAAGGGAAAGAGAGGCUUUGGAGUACCUUGAGAAAAUGUGGCUGCGAAAUGGGGGAAAUGAGAAUGAGUAUCCAGUAAAAAGAGUGACCUUGAGAGAAGAAGCAAAAGUAAAAUUAGUGGAUAAUGAUAAGGCAAAUCUCUUAGUAUCGCUUUGGAGACAAACUAUGCCAUUGUUCAAACCGCCAUUGCUUUGGAGAACUUUACAGUUGUUCUUUUUGACUACUGUUAUUUAUAGUAUUAACGCAAGCUUAAUAAUGUGGAUGCCUCACAUUGUGGAGGCCUUCACAGCUGGUGUCAGUUCUGAAUCUCUAUCGGGAAGCUUAUGCAGCAUUAUUAUGAUGAUAUCAAACGCAACUGCUUCUUCUCAUGAUGUUACCAUCUGCUUAUCAUCAAUUCAAUCUCGAACUUUACUCUCCGGAGUAGUUCAUGGCGUAGUCUUCGCCGGGAUUACUCUAGCAGUAUCAAAACUUGCUUCUAGAAAGAAAGCUAUAAUGAUCGCAUUUCUCCUAAUACCUAUGCUGUCCAGUUUGACAGCAGUCUUCAAUCAGAAUAACAUUGCUAGUUUACUUCUGUACGUUGGCAUGACGAUGACUAAUCUUUGUAUGGGAGUUCUUUUUGCGUAUUAUGUGGAACUGUUCCCUACUUCUUAUAGGGGCAUGGCAGCCUGUCUUGGCGUAAUGGUAGCCCGAAUUAGUGGUUUGGGUGGUGUCAACUUCCUGGGAGUAUUCUUGAGUACAAACUGCUCAAUGACGUUUUACGCUUUCAGCGGUUAUCUUUUGUGUGGCAUUGUUGUAGCAGCAUAUUGUUUACCGUCUGAUAAUCGCAAGAAAGUGUAAUCUAUUGAUGUUUUAUUCAUAAAAUAUGUAUCUAAGUUUUUUUUAUUUUAAUAAGUGACUGUUUUGUAUCCUAAAUAAAAAUAUUAUA